GAACUCAGUCUGCUUCUGGACAAAACUCAGCCGCCUCCGCCUCCUCCCUCCCGCCUUCUGUCCGGAGAGCGAGAGAAAGCCCAGGAGAGAGUGAGAGAGAGAAAGGGAAGAUGAUGGGAAAGAAGCCCCCCAAGCCCGCUCCUCGACGCAUCUUUCAGGAGAGACUAAGGAUCACGUCUCUGCCCCUGUAUUUCCAAGGUUUUCUAGGCAUCAGGCGUAUGAAGCACCAGCAGGAAUUCACGCAAUAUUGGACUGAACUCAGAGGCACCACACUUUUCUUUUACGUGGAUAAAAAAAGCACCAUGUACGUGGAGAGGGUAGACCUGACAGCCCCGGCUUGCCUCCGGGACCAGGAAUCAGGUAAGAUGCGUCCAGCCGAGUUCCACCUGGUGCUGGCCAACGAGGAAGUAGAGGUGAAGGCGGAAAACUCCGAAAGCCAGGAGGAGUGGAGGGGGUUUAUUCGGACCGUCACUGAGCUGUCCCUUCCUCAGCCGUCCCUGCUCCCGGGACAGAUGAUCCGACUGCAGGAAGUGCUGCAGAGAGAGAAGAAAAGAAGAAGCGAGGUGAAACAGACCCCAGACCCUCCGGAGGCCAGAGAGAAGUCACCCUCGGAAGACUACGCCGAUGUAGAGAACCCCAAGCCGGGGUGCUUCUAUGCCGUGACCCGGAAAGAAGCCGUGGAAAUGCUGGAGCGGAAUCCUUCUUCCGGAAACAUGAUCCUGAGGCCCGGGAGUGACAGCAGGAACUUCUCCAUCACCAUCCGCCACGAGACUGACACUCAAAACAUUAAGCAUUACAGAGUGAGAAGAACGGGGAUCAACUAUACGAUCGAUCUGGAAAAACCAGUGACACUUCCAAAUCUGUUCAGCGUCGUGGACUAUUUUAGGACGGAAACAAGAGGAAUCCUGAGGCCAUUUAUAUAUCGAAGCGUGGAGGACCCAGGCUUCUCCUCAACGAAGAGCCCUGCAGGGGCCUGGGAAAACACGCUCACACAUUUGGCUGAAAUGUCGUCUCAUCCCCAGGAGAAUGAGAACGAUUACACCGAUGAUCCGACGAGGGCUCAGUCCCCCGCAGGCAGGAAGAAGAGAGGAAACAGAGCUGCCAGAGCCGUCCUAGGGUGAGAGCCGCCAGCAACAAAUGGGGAGGCUGGAGCUCGGGAGGGAAGAAGGCUCCGGUCGGGCCCAAGCCGAUGGGACUUCGCGCCCUAAUCGAAGAGGAGCCUGCCCCAAACUGGCCGGAUGCCACUUCCCAGGGAGCUGCCUUCCUCGCCCGGAAGAAUCUCCAGUGUCCCCCGGAAAAAUGACUGGCUCCGGCUGGGAGUUCAGGGUCGCCACCACUGACUGCUGAACCGGACUUUCUGGGGGUGGUUGCUGGCGUCCCUCUGUUUUGUUGGGGUUCGGGCUGAUGCCUCCAGGCCGUGACGGAAGCAGAGACAAAGGAUCCCGCCGGCCCCGAUGUUUCCUGAAGAUUCCUUGAGCCCCAGAUAUUCUCGGGGAGCUGAGACUUGGGACGUCGAUCCAGGAACCGUUCCACCGGUUCAAAAAGACGGGGUGCCUCGCUGUCUUUUCCUUUUACCAGUUAAACUGGCUUCACUGGAGGUGCUUUUCUGGAUCCCUGUGGUUUACUGGCUCAAAAGAUAUUCCCUCCCAAACAAUCCCUGCCCAUCUUUCUCCUCUUUUGAGCCCAAGCUGGCCCAGCAGCUCCCCUUCGUUCCCCCUCCAUCUUGCAACAACUCCUGACCCAGCUGAGAUGUCUCCCAGUGACCUCCACCUUCCACUCCCUCAUCCUAUCUGUCCCCGCUUUCUACUCUUUUCCUCCCAUCCCUACAUUGUGGGCAGGGAACGCACUACCGACUCUGCUGUAUUGUACUCUCCCAAGUGCUCUGCACUCGGUAAACGCUCAAUAAAUACCAUGGAUUGAUUCGCCC